AUGCCUCCCAAGAUCGACCCCAACGAGAUCAAGAUCAUCCACCUCCGGGCCACUGGUGGUGAGGUCGGCGCUUCAUCCGCUCUGGCUCCCAAGAUCGGUCCUCUUGGCCUCUCGCCCAAGAAGGUCGGAGAAGAUAUCGCCAAGGCUACUGGCGACUGGAAGGGCCUCCGCGUGACGGUCAAGCUCACUAUUCAGAAUCGUCAGGCCGCUGUCUCUGUCGUGCCCACCGCCUCUUCCCUGAUCAUCCGCGCCCUGAAGGAGCCUCCCCGCGAUCGCAAGAAGGAGAAGAACAUUAAGCACUCCAAGUCUGUCCCUUUCGACGAGAUUGUCGAGAUCGCCCGCACCAUGCGCCACAAGUCUUUCUCCAAGUCUCUCGAGGGUACCGUUAAGGAGGUCCUGGGCACUGCCUUCAGUGUAGGAUGCCAGGUUGAUGGCAAGAGCCCUAGGGCAAUCACCGAUGCCAUUGAGGCUGGUGAGCUCGAUGUGCCCGAGGAGUAA